CUCCAUCUCCGCCUCACAACCCCCUGAGUGCUAUCAACAUCGUAAACAAUGACCAAAUCUACUGUUGCUGAGUCUUCACGCACCUCCCGCUCAAUAUACCCUAAACCAAGCUCAUUCUCCUUAUCUCACUUCUCCACCGCUGAUUUCAUCGUGAAGGACUUCAUAGAAGGCCUUACCGGCUCCGCAAUUCCCGCGAAUCGUCGGUCGGGAACAAAUUUUGGCACACCAACCUUCGAUCCCAAACCCUACAUCCGCACAUUUGAAGGCGCUCUGGAGCGGCUGAAAGACCUUGAUGAGGACCUCUCAGCAAAAGAGUCUGAGCUUAAAGAAGGCGUACGAAGGGCAGAGAUGGACCAUGCCCGCACAAUUGAUCGCUUAAGUCUCCAAUUUAACACCACCUUGUCGGAGUUUCAACGCCUCGAUAGCAGCAUCACCGAUGGCGGGGGCAUGGCCUCUAGGAUAGGUGGGCAACUGGAGCAGCUGGAGAAGCAGCAUCAGCGGGCUGAAGAUGCAAAGUUCUUAAUACAGUGCUACACAGAGUUUAGCCGUGGAGAUACUUCCCGAUUAGAAAAGCUGCGGCGAACUCCCUGGGUUGAGGAUAGCAUCAAGUGUGCCAUUGUCAGUCGACAGUUGAGCUUGAUUGCCAAACGAAACGAGGGAACCGCCAAGCCGGGGACAAAAGAACUGAUUGAGGCCUUCUCUGAAAGCCUUGAGCAAGAUCUGCUAAAGCAAUUUGAUGAUGCAUAUCGGGAGUUUAAUGUGCCGGCCAUGAAGGGCUGCGCCAAAGUCUUGCAUGACUUCAAUGGUGGAGCAUCGGUGAUUAGCAAUUUCUUGAACCAAAUGGACUUUUUUAUUGCUGCCGGGAAGAUCAAUGCCGGCGAGGUUGUCAUUGAAGACGACCUUAAAGAACAACUAUCAGAUCCCGAUGCCAAUCCUCCGGGGCUGGACCCAACUCUAUUAACCCUAAUUCAUGAAAUCCGAGACGUUCUGAAAAUGGAAUCAGAAACUAUCAAAGAGGUGUUCCCAUAUCCAGAGGCAGUGCUUGGCACCUUCUUGCAAAGAGUUUUUCAACAGUCUCUGCAACAGCGACUGGAAGCGGUACUAGAGCACGCUUCUAAUAUCUCUACCCUCGCCUUCCUCCGCACAUUACAGGUUUCCAGGGCGCAUGUCAUGACGCUUUCAGAUGACCUGAAGGCUCACGGACUGACGGAACAUCCGGGGCCAUUGAGCUCAGGCACUACUAUGCUUUUAGACCAGAAUGUUGAAGAACUAUUCACACCAUACCUUCAAGAUAGGGGAUACAUGGAGAAGGAGAAGGAGAGUUUAGAGCAGCUAUAUACAGGACUUCUCUUCAAAUUCCACAUGUUUCAUGAACAACGCAAGGAGCAGAAACCCCUCGGAGUCCUAGACCGACUCAAAAAGUCCCGAGAACGAGCAAUAGAAAAAGUCCUUGAAAGCGAGCUUGCAAAGUCACAGAGCCAUGCCCUCAGCAAAAUCAUCGGCUUUGAGCGUAAAGCCGGGAAAGAUAAUCAUCUCUCCGACGUACUCCUAUCCGAUGCGGAUGGGAAGCUAAACGUCGAAUUUCCAAAGAGAAUGCUUAAGUGGCUUGCGGAAGCCGUAGGGAGAAGUCUAGAAUUGAGUUCACAGGCUGAUACCCCGAGGGACGUGUCUGUCAUGCUGAAUAUCUUGGUUGAGAACAUGAGGACUAUGUAUUUAGAUGUCGCUCUAGACGCCGCCAUCGAGGCCGCCGAGGCUCAGACUAAAGGCGAACCAGAUUUAUCAUAUCUGCAAGAGCUAAAGCCCACUACCAUAAUAAUGCAUCUAAUGUUCUCAUUCAUAAAUACAGCCCUAACCCCACUGUCGCAGACCUCACUAACGAUCAAACGAGAAAUGAUCAAACUGACUAAUUCUACACUCUCAGCGCUGGAGCAGAAAGUUAAUGGGGUGAUUCAGAGGACCAUCGAUAUUGUCCUAGCGCACAUAACCCUCCUCCUCAGCAAGCAGCGCAAAGCCGACUUCAAACCCCGCGACGAUGAAGUCCGUCUAACAACCCUCCAAACCCCCACCUGCAUCUUAACAACAGCCUUUCUCGAAAAACUCACCCAAACCGCCACCACCUCCCUCGACGGCGCAAACCUCACCCACUUCCUCACCGAGAUAAGCGGCGGCUUUCGCACUGCCCUGCUAGAGCACCUCAAACGUCACUCUGUAAAUCAAGCUGGUGGUAUAAUGCUCACCAAGGACCUGGCAAAGUACCAAGAAGUUGUGAAUUCUUGGAAGAUACCCGCCGUGCGGGAUGCAUUCGAGAUAGUCGCCGAGAUUGGAACGCUGUUUGUAGUUAGGCCCACGGCAGUGAGGGACAGGAUGAGGGAUGGGGUGCUAGCGAAGGUUAAACCGCAUCUUCUAAAGCCGUAUCUGAGUCGCAGGGAGGAUUAUGCCUCAGCGGGAAUUGAGAAGAUUUUGGCGAGUGAACUCUAGAGAUACUACACCCCCGAGAGGAACACAUUUAAGAUACGGGCAACUAGUAAAUGACCUAGUAGCGUGCACGGGUUUGGAAAAUACUUACUCUUUGGAACGAGUAACACUCAUUGUUGGGCACUUAGUGUUGGGACGCCAGUGCCCUUGGUUGGGUUAUGGGACAGAGGUCGAAUCCCACCGAGGAUUGGGGUUUUUCAGGCCAACAGAGUUCAACAGGUGUUAAUGAAAAUCAGUAAUCUUAUUAUUCCCAUAAAGAUUGGCACGGUUCGGGCGGUCCAAAAGGUGCACCAGGAUACCAUAAAAGAAAAGUGUUACAUGUGGCUGUGCGACGACUUUAAAUGCCGAGACGUAUGAUACUUGUGAUUCUUGAUAUGAUAAGAAAGGGGAGCAGGGCUGGAUAUAUGUUAUGAUAGGACUUUGAUCAAACUUCCCAGUUCUGGGAAAGGGAAAAAAUAUGGUGCGUGCACUUCAAAACGCA